CAACAAUAAAAAAAAAAAACGUAGCAAACUGUAGCUAACUGCUUCGUCCACGAAGACGAACGCGAAAAAUCUUCUAGACAAACAUAAACAACUUCUACACCACUUGAGAAAAACGUGUCAACCGUUAACAUUUUCGACUUCACUUCACUUCAAGAAAAACCAAAAUCAAAUAAUCGACUGUGCUUCGCUUGCAAUUUUCGGCAUUUUUGUUUGCUAUCACUUAAUUCUCUCCGAUUUCGUUUUCGAGAGUCCAACAUUGAUUGUUGCAAUCGGCGACUGCAUCUAUCGCGUUUUGCAGUGUUUCUUUUUUGCUUUGUUUAUUUCUACUUUCUAUAUACCUAUGCUUUUUUCAAAAAUGAUGAUGCCCGUAGAUCAGGAGAGUCAACUACUAUCUUUGGAACUUACGAUGGAUAUGGACACUUUGCUGACCCUGGUGCUUGAUAAUUCUACGACAGCUGAACCUUCUUCCUCCACGACAACUAUUACCGCCAUGCCAACCAUUACCGCUUCCGACUUGAUUCUCCGGCAUCACAAACUUGGACGGACGCAUUUUAAGUCUCGCGACAGCCGGCGGCAUUACGGAUGUAAGCAUAGUGGAGAGGUAAAACAGCAUCAGUAUUGAGGUUAGGACGAAUCACGUGUGCCUGGCAGCGACGGACCCCAGAAGUAGGGAACCGCGAGGAGAGCAACUGGAAGCGUCUUCGUAAACGUGAAUUCACCGACUCAACAGAGGGCAACGUUAAUACGGACACAAGGACGGCACUGUAGCAUGUUGCAGCUACUUAAGUGAAUGCUCGCUUCUCACUUGAAUGAUCACCACAGCCUCACUGCUAGUCGUGGUUGAUUUUUUUUUAAGUACUUAUUUGUCGUGUGAAUUUACAUUCGCAUUUGCACUUAGAAAAAAAAGUUGAUAUCAUGCCACGACCCACCGUCACACACAGGCUAAUCGCAGGAACGGCGCGAACAAGCGGCCUUUAUACGUCACCGACACAUCGGACUACACCAUAGGACGAACAUCAAAAGCACCACCUACUGCGGAACGGUAGAAGCGGAGUCACCCUACCACACGCAACAAGGACAAGCAACUGAAAUUUCAUCCAAGACAAUUGCCACCACGCCCCUGGCGCAACCAACACCAACUCGAAUUCGGAGUCCGAUUUGGGAACCGCG